AUGAAGUAUUUACAAGAUUUAUUUCAGAAACAUCUGGGUGAUGACGUCAUAUUAUUUACCGUGGAUCCUAUUGGUUUUAAAUCAGACAUUAAUUGUGGAACUCUGCCAUCACUUUUCACAACUAUUGACUUUGGGCCAGGUAUGUGUAUAUUCACACAAUGCCAUCUAUCAGGUCGAUUAUCUAUCAAUUGGUGAUCAAGUCAGAUAUAACGUUGGCCAGACUUCCCUGAUAUGGACAUAUAGGCAGACCUCCCAAACUAAAGACUUUUUGUAGAGGCUAAAAUUAAAACAGAAUUAUGUAUGUUGGAACACUGAAACUGUCCGUGCAUAGUGGGAAGUGUUUGUAUUAGAGAGAUGUCAGUAUUAGAGAGGUGUUCGUAAUGUAUAGAUCGAGUGUUUUCCCUAUAUUAAAGUUGUCCGUUGUGUAGUGAUGUUCGUAUUAGAGAGACGCCUGUAUUAGAGUGGAGUCCAUAUUAGAGUGGUGUCCGUAAGAAGAGGUUCGACUCUUAGCUUAUUAUCAAAGUAAAUCGUAAGUUAAUCUCGUGUAGUGUAUUGCAUUAGUGUGGAUCGUUCCUCCCUGGAAUCAACCUGAUAAAUCGCGAUGUAUAAACGUAUAGGAUGGGGAUAAAAGUGUAAAAAUCAAGUUUACAUCGCCCAUAGAAUAUGGAGGGAGGGUGCCUACACUUCGUCAUGUGUCUGCUAUAAAAAUUCAUCCCGAUACCCCAAAGAAAAAACGACAAAAUAAUUAUACAGGUUUUAUACAGGUUGUGUGUUUGUACAGAUUGUGUACUAUAUAACACUUGAAUAGAUCAGGCACCUCGCCAUCCAGUCAUUCAUUGUUUUGAUGUAUCAGUUUAUGCAGUUUGAUUGGUUUCUUAACACAUCCAACUCACUUUCAGCAAAUUUCGUUGGAGAAAUCAUGAAAAGUGUAUUUUUGGUGGACGUUGUUAAGUAUUUCAUAUUUUUAGAGAGAUGUCAGUAUUAGAGAGGUGUUCGUAUUAUAUAGAUCGAGUGGUUUCCCUAUAUUAGAGUUGUCCGUUGUGUAGUGGUGUUCGUAUUAGAGAGACGCCUGUAUUAGAGUGUCCAUGCAUUUAUAGACCCUCCACUCGGGGCAAAGCCCCUCGGAAAAUAUCAUCACUUUGGGAAAUAUUACGCCGAAUCCCCCUCGCUCCGGGUCUAUAAAUGAUAAUUAUUAUUACUUAUUAUUAUAUAGAAACAGAUGCCGAGGAUGCACUGAAGACACUGAGAAAAUAUCAACCAAAUGGUCCAAUGGUCAACACAGAAUUCUAUGUUGGAUGGAUCGAUAAUUGGGGUUUGCCAUUUCAGAGAAAAAAUUCAACAGCAAUUUCUCAGGCGUUGGAUAAAUUGCUCUCAAUGAAUGCUUCAGUGAAUAUUUAUAUGUUUGAAGGAGGCAGUAAUUUUGGAUUUAACAAUGGUAAAAAUUAUGAGAUAUAGCUUAACUAAGACGCAGGUUAAUUUUUUGUUACUCUAAAUAUAAUAUGGGGCCAUUUUUGGGCCAUUUGCCUUUUGCUUUUGACAAGGAGAUAGGCAUACAUGUUUGACGAAAAUCGUUUGGCUUUCUAAAAUUGCUUUUCAAAAGCUGAAGAAAGCUCUGUGGAGGAGAGGUUCACGCCUUUCUUCCUUGGCAAGAGCUUAUAUGAAAUUAUGUUUAAUGAUGUUCUAAAAUUCUUCAUUUUAGGAGCAACCUGGGCGCUACUUUACCUACCAGUUUUAACAAGUUACGACUACGAUGCGCCUCUCUCUGAAGCUGGUGACCCAACAGAGAAAUAUUUCGCAAUUCGAAAUGUUAUUUUCAAGUAUUUACCUCAACCCCCAGGCCCAGUACCUCCAGCAUUGCCCAAGUAUGAAUAUGGAAAAGUUUAUUUAAAGAAGGUGAUUAUAUCUAAAUCGUAUGAAUUCACGACAGCCAGGUAAAGUCACAAAGCUUCUAUUAUACUCGAGGGAUGACUGGCCGCCCAAAAAAGCGAAUGAUAGUGUCAUUCCUAUACUAAAAGUAUGAUGAUAUUCCAAGUCCCCUAAAUUCUCAAUCUGCUAGAAAACGGUUGAAGGUGAGAAAAUAUGUCAGUGAAUCCCUGCUUUUGUUGUGCUGGAUCCUAUGGUUUUCUUUUAUGUGUAAUACGUUAUAGCCAUUGAUAUCUAUCUAUGGUUAUAGCCAUGCAGUCAUCUUUACUUGGUUACAAUCGAUGCUUCGAUAAAGUUUUAGGAUGAUUCAGAGUGCUCGUGAAUAUGUUAAUGUCUUAAUGAUUCUAGGAAUUUCUAAAUUUAUAUCGUCUUUUUGCAGCUAAUGUCACUCUGGGAUGUUCUGAAAAUUCUACCGUCAAGUAAACCCAUAUUAUCCCAAUAUCCUGUUGCUGCGGAGUCAUUUGGUCAAUCCCAUGGAUUCACAGUUUACAGAACCGAGUUGAAACUGAAAUCAGGCUCAUCAAUACUGCACAUUCCAGGCGUGCGAGACAGGGCAACCAUUUUCUUAAACCAGGUUAGGCAUUUAAAUAUUUAUUUACUAGCUUUUAAAAUACAUUUAUAAUUUAAGACGGCACUCUCAAAACAGAGCGAGCCUGCAAUUAAUGGGGGACCCGUUACAUUACCUGAUAUUGGCGAGAUUGAGUAACACAGUUACAUAAGGAACAACAAAACAUGGUUAACUUCAGGGGCCGGUUGUUCAAAGCUGGAUUAGCGCUAACACUGUGUUAAAAUUUAACCUGCUGUUUUAGUUUAUGUAUUUCUGGACAUUUAUUUGUUUCAAAACUUCAGAGAAGAAAACUCUCAUUUGUCCAGACAAGAUUUCCGAAGAAAUAUUUCCAAGUUUAUAACCAAGCUGUUGGGAAGUUUGCUUUGAAUUUUAGGUUAACUUAGGAUUAAGCUAAUUGGCUUUUGGACAACCGGCCCCAGAUAUCAGAGAUAUGCUGAUUCUUAUCAUGCAAGAAAAUUAAACUGCAACUCUAAUUCUAUUUGUUUCAUAAGCACUACAGUAUUUCUAUGUUUUUCCCCAGGCGAUACUAGGUGUCAUUGACCGCAAUGGUGUGGGAAGUAUUGGUAUUGACUAUCAAGAAAAUGAUACUCUGGAUAUCUUAGUUGAAAAUCAGGGUCAUAUCAAUUUCAUGUUAUUGAACGACCCUAAAGGAAUCAUACAGAAUGUUACAUUACAUGGCGUUAUUUUAACCAAUUGGACAAUAUUCCCCCUCAGUCUUGACCCUGAUGACGUAGCAAUGAUACUUAAUAUAUCAAACGUUCUCGGCACGCCAUCGGACCCUUCCGAACCAGCAUCGUUUUAUGUCGGUAGUAUACCCGCAAUGCCUGAUGGGAAACCACCGCUUGAUACAUUUCUGUAUUUAAAGAAUUGGUCCAAGGUUAGUUGAAUAAGACGAUUGAUGAUUUGUAUAGUAUAAUAUAAGGAUAAUAGCCUUAGGAUAUUAUGUUUUCACCUCGGUUUGUUUGUAUGUGUGUUUUUUUACCUCCGUUUGUUUGUUUGUUUGUUUGUUUGUUUGUUUGUUUGUUUGUUUGUUUGUUUGUUUGUUUGUUUGUUUGUUUGUUUGUUUGUUUGUUUGUUUGUUUUUUGUUUGUUUGUUUGUUUGUUUGUUUGUUUGUUUGUUUGUUUGUUUGUUUGUUUGUUUGUUUGUUUGUUUGUUUGUUUGUUUGUUUGUUUGUUUGUUUGUUUGUUUGUUUGUUUGUUUGUUUGUUUGUUUGUUUGUUUGUUUGUUUGUUUGUUAGCAGGAUAACUCAAAACUAUCGAAUAAAACGUUUUAUACGAAAGUUUGCUGGAGGUAUGCAGAGAAGUCUCUCGAACGGUCGUGGUGCCAGGAUAGGUAUAGAUAUAACAGACGGCUGCGUGUGAAGGAGAUACAAUUUUCCAGAUAGAAAACGAAGAUUUGUUAUACCUUAAAUAUGUGCCAUAUGAUAAGACUAAAUUGGCUCUUUUUAAAAUACAGUAGUUGACUAGUUGUCUGGACUAUAUAUGAUAUUUGUGAAAAAUCUUUGUCCAUUAUUUCGAACCCUUUCCAAUGUAAGACAUUGAAGAGAUGAAUUAAUAAAAGUGAUAAAGACAACAUUAUUAAAUAAAGUACCUUUUAUUUAAGUUAAAUAAGUUUCUUUUUCUUUUAUUUUAAGGGUCAAGCAUUUGUAAACAGAUUUAACGUUGGACGAUACUGGCCAGCAAGGGGACCGCAACAAACGUUAUAUGUUCCUGCCAAUUCACUGAAUGGAAAUCCAGAUUUUAACAACACGAUUCUUCUAUUUGAAAUUGACGCAGCACCGUGUUUUAUCUCUGCAUAUUGUUAUGUUGAAUUUAUUAAGAAUCCGAUGCUGGGGAUCACCGAAAAUUAA